AUGGCUGACUGGGCGCUAUGGGAGCGGCUGGAGGAUGUUGUGCGGGCAGACAGGUACAUGUCAGCCAACGAGGAUUUCAAUGCCUUGAAGGCGGCAGUGCUGAAGGCCAGCCUCAGUGAGCUGAGCGCCCAGUCUGGGCAUGCCAUCUUGGGCUGGGAGUUCCUGCUGAGCUUUGCCAAGAAGAAGACCUUCUACCGGUCCCACGUUUGCCAAGUGGUGAAUGCGCUGCUGGCAGACACGAAGUGGAAGCAUGCCUUUGCCAGCAGCGAGGCCCUUCGUGCCAAGGCACAGGAACUGCACCCCGACGUGCGUGCGGCUCUGGAGGCGGUGGAUGCAGCGCCCGCCGUGCCGGCAAAGGCACCGCCACCGGAGAAGAUCAAGGUGUCGGGCAAAGAAGUGAACUGGCCAGACUGGGACACGCUGGAGGCCGUUGUGCAGAUGAAGGGAUUCAAAGGCGCCAAUGACGAGUUCUCCUGCCUGCGGUUAGCCGUGCUUGCAGCCGACCCGGUACAGUUGGCAAGUCAGGUGGCCCAUGCCCCCACGGUGUGGCGCUUCGUGGUAGGCUUUGGCGAAAAGAAGUCACAUUACCGGUCACAACUUGCAGAGGUGGCCGGGAUCCUGCGGCAGGAGUCGGGCUGGGAGGCGAGCCUGGAGUCACUGCGCGGAGAGCUCCUGGAAAGCCUGGGGGCCUUGCCUGACAUUCUGCAGACGGCCCUGGACACGGACAAGGCGACAGCAGAAGCAGCGUCAGCUAGUGCGAGCUUUCAGAUGACGGUGGACGAAGAGACCGCUGCUCCGAGUGCUCCAUACGCGGCCCCUGACUUUGAGUCUCUGCAGGACAGGCUGAAGUCCAUGAUGGGCUAUGUGGAGGGCCUGGCGGGCGCUCAGCCGGACAUCGGCACCGGCGCAGACCAGGACGUGCCGGCUGCUCCCGAAGUGAUGGCGGCAGAUGCGACUAAUGCAGCAGAUGAUGACAAGAACAGGGAAGAGGAGAUUUCAAAGUUGUUAGGAUCGACAACGGGCGAGGAGAGAAGUGUGUCGAAACCGGCACCCCAAGAACCUUCCGGCCUUGGCAUUGAGGCAUUCUCUUCCAUGCAGGGUCGCAUUACAGCGACUUUGCAGCAGGCAGAUUUGCUGGAGGGCAAGGACCCAGUGAUUUCACAUUAUCUCCGUGUAGUUGCUUUGGACAGACUGGUCCAUGCGAGGCAGUCCGGCCAGUCCAACGCAGAGAUGGAAUCGAUGCUUUUUGCCACGCUGACCAAGGCUGAGAGUGCCAAAGGCACACUGCACUUGGCAGACGGCCCACAGCAUAUGCAGAGGUUCUCCUUACAAAGCUACAAGGCUGCCGUUGCAGCUGAUGAUUGGCAGGAUCUCACAGCCGCAUGUCUUUUAGUGGAUGCGCUCGCCCAGUUCCACCCUGAGAUGCCGAAAGAGCUUGAGGGCAGGUCGUCUUAUGCCAAGUUGCGCGCUGAAGAGUUGCACAGCUGCCAGAUGUCGGGCAAGCGCCCUACGCCAGCAAACCCGCCAGCCUUGCCAGUGCCCGCUCUGCCUGCAGUCGCUCCAGUUUCUCCAGUCCCUCCGGCCGCGCCAGCCGCUCCAGCCGCUCCUGCUGCACCAGCGGCCCCAGCUGCACCGCCCACACCGCCAGUGCCACCAGCGCAGCCAUCUGCACCACAGCCACCAGCCACUCCAGUGCAGCCAGCCGCUCCAGUCACUCCAGUACAGCCAGUCACUCCAGUGCAGCCAGUGACUCCAGUGCAGCCAGCUGCGCCAGCGGUGCAGCCGGUGCAACCAGUUCAUCCGACCACCCCGGCAACAGCUCCAGCACCAGCGCAGCCACCCGCAGCAGUGGACGGCCCUGUGUCAGCUGAGGUCGCAGCAAUGCCGCGGUCGAAGCGGCAGGCAGAAGCCAGAAAGAAGACGGACAGCGCCAUCAGCGCUCUGAACUCCGGCAGUGAUGAGCAUGCAAGAGCCUUGAUCAGGGAGGCACUUGGUCUCCUUGCUGGCUUGUCUUAG